AUGGAUUGCCAAGGCAAAGAGGAGGAGGUAGUGAGCAGAAUAGUGGAGCUGGAAGAGAAGGACUUGAGUAGAAUUGAAGAGGAACAAAGGGAGACUAAAAGAAGUUCUAUGGAUGAUAAUUUUGUGAAAACAAUCUGGCUUUAUGAAGAAGUUGAAUUUAUGGUGGUUGACUUUGAGGGUAGUGCAGGAGGCCUCAUAAGUAUUUGGAAGCCACAAGUCUUCAAGCUCAAGGAUUGUUGCAGUAGCAAAAAUUUCAUUAUUCUAUCAGGUAUGUCUACUAAUACUUUUCAGUGCACUCUGGUGAAUAUCUAUGCUCCUAAUGAGGUAAUAAAGAGGAGACAACUGUGGGAUUCUCUGGUGAGGAUCCAUCAACAUUUUCCAAAUCCGUGGUGUGUGGGAUGGGAUUUUAAUGAAAUUAGAUACAUGGGUGAGAGGAAAGGUUGUUCAUCUAGAGAAAGAGGGAUGAAGGAUUUUAAUGAGUUAGUGGAAAAAUUGGAAUUAACAGAUAUGCCUUUGCUAGGAAGGCAGUAUACUUGGUGCAAUGCUCUGGAUGAGAAUAGGUGGAGUAGGAUUGAUAGAUUCUUGUUAGACUUGAAGUGGAUGGAAAAGUUUUCUUUUAAACAAUGGGGUCUACCUAGGUCAAUAUCUAACCACUGCCCAAUCUUGAUUAAGGAGGAUGAUAGGGAUUGGGGUCCAAAACCUUUUAAAUUUAUAAAUGGCUGGUUAUCUCAUAAAUCAUUCAUGUCAGAAGUCAAAAAGAGGUGGGAGGAAGCUCAAGUUCAAGGGUGGGCUGGGUUUAGAGUGAUGAAAAAACUGAAUAUGCUUAGGAGUGGGGAUAGGCCUGUUUAG